GAGAGAGAGAGAGAGAGAGAGAGAGAGAACUAUCAGCGUAGAAAAUGGUCAUCACAUCCAUAGGACUUGAUGAGAUCAAGAGAAGGCAGUCCAGGACAGAACACUCUGGAAUCCUAUGAUCACCAGUGGAGACUGAGAAGGAGCAAUCAAAUCAGAUAAAGGGGAAUAGAACUAGAAAAGAGAAGUGUCCCCAAAACCUAUGGGAGGAUGAGGGUGAUAGUGGUGGGGGCAACUAGAUAGCAUAGAACAUCUGUCCAGAAGUCAGGAGGACCUGAGUUCAAAUCCAGCCUUAGACAGUUGAUGGCUGUGGUGUGAUUUUGGGCAAGUCACUUAACCCUAAUUGCUUUGUUCAAGAAUAUCAAGAAGGAGAGUGUGAUUAUAGAAUCAAAGGCUACUGAGAAGUUGAGGAGAAGGAACUUGAGUCCAGGAAAUCCCCUUUCAGGCUUGCCAUGUGUCUUCAUCUUCAUUUGGUCCAGAAUACAAUCCUCUGAGGAGUAAUGUCAGAUUCUUCUCUCACCUGAGAAUGAGUGGAAUACUUAGGGGGAUGCUGAAAUUCACUCAUUUUUAUUAACAGGUAAUAGAUAUGAUAUAAAUGGGCAAGGAGAGAAUAUACAAAUUGUUCUAGUAGUCAUCAUGCCAAUUUUAUAGCAGUGGGGAGGGACAUGAUUCCCCUGCCAACUUGGUCUCCCAUUUUACUUAGUUAAAAUACAAAGGAUGGAGAUUUGGGCACAAGAAUACAUACAAGUGGCAUCUGUUUUGGAGAAGAGAAGGCACAAUUGUUAUUGGUUGUCCUUGGUUUUCGAAUGACAUGACCGUUGAUGUCUUGACAUGUAUGUUAAUGCAUUUGAGUUUGCCUCAUUCUCUCUUCCCUGGGCAGUCAGGUUAGUGUAGUGCAAUGAUUUCACACUCAAGUACCAAGGAGCCAGCAAACCAUAAAUGAAGAUCCCUGAUGAAAAAAACUACAGACUAGCAUUAUCUGUAUUCUAUUACAUUUUUUUUUUUAACAUUGUAUAUUUCCUAAGUAUUUUGUAAUCUGUAUCUGGCUGACCUCAGGAUUUACUGCCUUGUUGUUUGAUACCUCUGGUGUCUGCAGGGGAAGGUCUUCAGCUUAGGUAUUACUUGGAAUUUGGAAGACCUUAGCUCCUGCCUUGGACAUUUUACUAAAUAUGUGACUUAACUGCUCUCAGCUUCAAUUUUCUCCUCUGCAAAAUAAGUAUCUACCUCACAGGAUUGUUAUGAAGAUCAAGUGAGAAAAUAUAAAACAUCUGGGCACAUAGUAGGCACUAAAUAAACCCUUGUUCACUCUCUCCCCUGUGCUGAUUGUUGGAAUUCUCCAUUUGUAUUGUGGUAGGUCUUCUCCCUGCACAAGGCUAAAGAAGUCUUCGUGUGUGUGUGUCUGUGUGUGUGUGUGGCUGUGUGCAUGUAUGUGGAGCUGUAUUAAGGAGAUAUUGCAGAGGUAAAAUCCACAGGCCUUGGUAACACAUUGGAUCUUAGAAGGGUGAAAGGUGGGGAAGAGUUGAGGUGAGACCCAAGUUACCAGUCUGAAAGACUGGGAAGAUAGUAGAAUAGAGAAUUUAUUUCUCUAUUCAAUUUACUUGUCUAUUUCAAGAAUAAUAGAAAAGUGGGGCAGCUAGGUGGUACCAGCCCUGAAGUCAGGAGGUUCUGAGUUCAAAUCUGACCUCAGAAACUCAGCAUUUCUUAGUUAUGUGAUUCUGGGCAAAUCACUUAACCCUAUUUGCCUCAGCAAAAAAAAAAAAAAAAAGAAGAAGAAGAAUAAGAAUAGAGAAAUUGAAGGAGGAUUUUGGGUAUUAAGAUACUUAAAUAGAGUUUUAAAAAUGUUUGGUAUAAGAUGUCCUCUGGACAUCCAAUUUGAGAUGUAUACAUAUAUAUUAUACAAGUACAUAAAAAUAUACAUGCAUUAUAGUACACAUUAUUUCAUAUACAUACAUAUUAUAAUGUAUCCAUUUCAUACAUGGUCAUACAGUGGAUAAAAUGCAGGGCCAGGAAUCAGCCUCAUCUUCCUGAGCUCAAAUCUAGCCUCAGACACUUAAUAACUGUGUGACCCUAAGCAAGUCACUUAACCCCAAUUUCUUAUCUGUAAAAUGAGCUGGAGAAGGAAAUGCAAACCACUCUAUAUUUGCCAAGAAAAACCCAAAUAACUCACAAGGAGUCAAACAUGAUUGAAAAAUGACUGCAUAUUGUAAAAUAUUAAUUCUAGUAAAGGGACAGCGUGGAGUAAUCAAUAAAUUCUCAAGCCUACGGGGCCAGUCUUGAAGUCAGCAAGAUGGAGGUUCAUGUUACCUUCCUCAUACAUAGUGGCUCUGUGUUUUAGGGAAGAUUGAAUUUUCUCAGUGCCUGCAGGCUAUGCUUUAAGGGAGGAGUUACAAAUCUUCAUAAGGGGAAAGGAGUUUCCCUACAUUCUUGGAAUCACAGUUUCAGAAUAACAAUUUUAGAAACUCUGGUGUAACUUUACACCAGUUUUUCAGCUCUGUUUCAAGAUAGAUCAAGAUAGAAUCUCUCUUCUAACUGUUCAUGGCCUCUGUCCUUCUCUACCUUGUAUUUGGUCUGGGGUUUUUUGAUUGUUUCUAGGUCUUAUCUGACGAUGACCUCAUUUGAGAUAUUCUUAGCAAAAUUUUUGGAGUGGUUUGCCAUUUUCUUUUCCAGCUCAUUUUACAGAUAAGGAAACUGAGGUAAACAGUUAGGUGAUGUGUCCAAUCAGAAAUAUGAGCCUUCCUGACUCCAAUCCCAGAACUCUAUCCACUGUGUCACCUAGCUAUAGUCUUUAUUUAUUCUUUAUAUACUUUUAUUAGCUAUCCCAAAAACUCACUUGCACUUUUUAAGUCUUACUAGCUUAAAACACAAUUUUUAAAAAUCCUGCAUAUAGGUGUCCUAUAAACUUAUAUGUCCAUGUUGUCUCUCUGGUAAGCUUCUUGAAAGCAGGGUCUGAUUAAUUUGUCUAGCACAAUGACUGGCAUAUGUUAGGCUCUUAAUAAUUGCUGAUUGUUUAAUGACAGAAAAUGUAUAGGGGGAUUUAAGUGGAUGAUCAGAAAAUGAGUAUGUAAGUAGAUAAAGAAAUCACUUUGCUGAACAAUUAAACAACUUCAGAGAUGAUUGAUUGGAAAACAUUUUGGUAGGGGAAAGGUAAAAAUUUUCUCAGGUCAUCCUUUUCUUUCAUAUAAAUUAGAAACUUGCUUUUGAAUUCUUCCUGUUGCCAUGCUUUCCUACUUAAGCAAAGAAUCCUCAAGACCAGGGAUGACGAGGCACAUCUUUUAAAGGGACUGUUGCUUGUGAAGUGCUGAGAUGGCUUUUCUGGCAUAAAAAGGCAGAUUCUCAGUGGUUAAUUGGUUAUUUCAUGACUGCAGAUUUUCAGUCAUUGAUGGAAACCUUAGCAUUCAAAAGUUGGUGGGAUUAUUCUCUGACACAAAGUUUUGCUUUUUUGCUUUUCAGCAAAUGACAAGAUCUCAUAGGUACAAGGCUCAGAUGAUAAGGGAAGUACAGUUUUUUCUCUCUCUCAAGGGUGUGUACCUAUAUGAGAAACAGGAAGUUGUACUCUAACUAACUGCCUGUGUUGAGGUUUUAACUCAGGCUAGUGCAGGUGUGCAGUAGACAGGCUGCUCAGCUGCUCAUUUUAUCUUCUCUCCAGACACCUUGGCAGCUACUUACUUCGACAAAAAUUCUUUAAAAAUUGAUGUGUAGAGAGAAGUAUGACCACAUUACAGCUGAAAGAACUUUCCCAUUCAGGUCUUUACAGGAGGAGGCGAGAACGGCCAGAUAGUGUGGCACUAAAUGAGUUAUCCAAGGAGAAGUUAAGCAACAUGGCAAAUGCCCUGGCUAAUGCCCUGUGUGAGCGCUGUAAAGGAGGCUUUGCACCCGCUGAGAAGAUUGUGAACAGCAAUGGCGAGUUGUAUCAUGAGCAGUGCUUCGUCUGUGCCCAGUGCUUCCAGCAGUUCCCUGAAGGCCUCUUCUAUGAGUUUGAAGGAAGGAAAUACUGUGAACAUGAUUUUCAGAUGCUUUUUGCCCCAUGCUGUCACCAGUGUGGUGAAUUUAUCAUUGGUCGAGUUAUUAAAGCUAUGAACAAUAGCUGGCACCCUGGAUGCUUCUGCUGUGAUCUCUGCCAGCAAGUUCUAGCAGACAUUGGGUUUGUCAAGAAUGCUGGGAGACAUCUUUGUCGCCCUUGUCAUAAUCGUGAGAAAGCCAGGGGCCUUGGGAAAUAUAUUUGCCAGAAGUGCCAUGCCAUCAUUGAUGAGCAGCCUCUUAUAUUCAAGAAUGACCCUUACCAUCCAGAUCAUUUCAACUGUGCCAACUGCGGGAAAGAAUUGACUGCUGAUGCUCGUGAAUUGAAAGGAGAACUAUAUUGUUUGCCAUGUCAUGACAAAAUGGGAGUUCCCAUUUGUGGAGCCUGUAGACGGCCUAUCGAAGGACGUGUUGUAAAUGCUAUGGGCAAGCAGUGGCAUGUGGAGCAUUUUGUCUGUGCCAAGUGUGAGAAGCCAUUUCUUGGGCAUCGUCAUUAUGAAAGGAAGGGCCUGGCAUAUUGUGAAACUCACUACAAUCAGCUAUUUGGUGAUGUUUGUUUCCACUGUAAUCGUGUUAUUGAAGGGGAUGUUGUUUCAGCCCUGAAUAAGGCUUGGUGUGUGAACUGCUUUGCCUGUUCUACUUGCAACACUAAGUUAACACUCAAGAAUAAAUUUGUGGAGUUUGACAUGAAGCCUGUCUGUAAGAAAUGCUACGAGAAAUUUCCAUUAGAACUGAAGAAAAGACUUAAGAAAUUGGCUGAAACCUUGGGGAGAAAAUAAUUAUUUUUUGUUUGUUUUUUAAAUCUCGUUUCGUAUACAAAGAUUAGGAAAUGUUACAUUACUUGAUUUCAUUCACCCUCUUUCAUGGUUUUAUCCCAUAAGAGUAAGGAUUUAAAAGCUUCUAUAACUCAAAUAGCUUCACAAUAUUGUUAUACUGCCCUUUUUCCUUUAAAAAACUUUAACUUUCAUAUGGCUGUAUGUAGAACAUAUCUGAAAUUCUCUAUUUUCCCUCUCAAUACAAACUCAUUUGUAGAUAUAGACUAUACUUGCAUGGCAAGUUUCAUAUGAUUAAAUUCAAAUUAAUUAAGGCAAAAAAAAACUAACAUAUUUUUAUGAAAGUCUUAGCUUUUGGAUGAUUCAGCUACCAAAUUAUGGAGUAAUUUUGAAUUAGAGUUAAAAGAAAAUUACUGCCAUUUGAGCAAAAAUUAACAUGCAAAUCUUAAAAAAAAUUUUUGAGUAUCAGAUCAGAGUUCUUGAUUUUCAGGUUGCCAAGAUAGGAAACAAGUUUAUUUGGAACUACUUGAAGCUUGCUAUUUUUCUGUUAAAUGAAAUGAUUAUUCUGCAUGGUUUUAUAUUUUACUCUUAUUGUUUAUGAAUCUUAUUCUUUCAGAUAUAUAACAGUAGUUUAGGAUAUCUACCAAAUAUGUAUUCAGUUUUUAAAAUUUCCUUUUUUGUGUGUGCAGAGAAUUUAUACCAGGAUUUGAAAAGACAUUAUACUUUAACUAUAUUGGACAUAUGAAGUAUUUUUUUUAAUGUAUUAAAUCAAAUAUUCUUAUCAUGCUUUUAGGUUUUGACAAGCUAUAGUCUUAGAAUAGGAUAUAGAACUCAAUUUUAUGUAAUCUUGGAAUGUUGACACUUUUAAAAACAGUGAAUGUAUGUAUCUAUAUUGGUCAGACUUCUUUUAAUAUUCUCUCUAAUAGCUAUGCUUUAUAUACAAUCAAACUCACUUUGCCUUAGAAAAGUGUGUCUUUUAAUCACAAGCUCUUGCUGCUUGGUACAAUACCAAAUUAAAAAAAAAAACAAACAAGUGAACUUAAUUAGACUAGUAAACCCAAAUUCCUUUACCAUGGCCUUAAAAUAUUUUUAAAAAUAUUUUUCCAGAUAAAACUCAUGGAGUUUAUUACUUGUUUUUCAGAAAGUGAGAGAUGUACAUACUAUGCUUCAAAAUUUCUAUCUUGAUUUCAUUAUCCAGUAAGAUACUUUUUUUUUUCUUACAGAAAGGAAGUAGAAGUAACCUUAGAUUGGACAGAAGCAUUUUCUUAAAAGUUAAUUUUAGCCCCAAAAUAAGAUACCCAACAAUUUUUCAACCUGACUGUCCAUAUGGAUUUGUUACAUAAUAGAAAUGCAAUUCUAGAAACGUUUUUUUUAAAAAUACUGUUUUUGUCAUCAGGAUCAGACCAUGAUAAAGUGCUCAAAAUGAACUCUAAGGGGGAAAACAUCAGUUUGCCAAAGCAUCUUUGGAAAUGGUUUUUAUGAUUUUUCCAUCUCUUUAAUCAACUAACUGGGAACUUUUGGGCUCCCUUCAAUACUUUGAAUAAGUAGUUAUUUCUCAGACAACUUUCACCAAAGUAAAUUGAUUUCAAACUUGCUGUAGCAAAUUACACAGGUUUUUGUUUUUAGUGUUUUAGCAUCAGAUGGUAGCCCAACAGGUAAACCCCUCAUAUAAAACAUUGAAUUAAUAGUUUGAAGGUACAUGUAUUCAUUCAACCAGUAUAGACUGAAUUCCUGUUAUUUGCAAGUUGUAGGAUCUAUAGAUGCAAAAAAAUAUAUUUUUUGCUCCUUAAAACUGUGCCUUUAUCAUCUCAAAUAUGACCAGCAACAUAAAACCUAAAAAAUACUUUUUCAAUACCAGUCACUAAGGUGGAGAGAAUUUUCAAAACUAGUCUAAAUAUUAAGAAGAGCAACACAAAUUUGUCAGAGGAGAGACAGGAAAAAACACCACCAUCAUGGAUUCUAUGAGUUUAAUAAGGAUAUACUUAACACAUAAGUAAGCAAGGUAUGUUUUUGCCUAUUAGUAUAUCCCUAACAACUGAAAUUUUAUUAACAAUUCAUUUCUAUGUUUUGGCAUAGAUGUCCUCAUUUAAAAUGCAGAUUACUUGAGAGGGUCAAUAUCCCUUAACUCUAUAAUAUAUAUUUGCUCAUUACAUAUGAGGUCCUUUGUGGAAGAAAGUAUUAGAGCCACUGGCAGUAUGAAGGGAAGAAACUAUCAGGGAAGGGAGAAAGUUCUUAGGGGAGGAAUGCCAAAGACAAGCUGCCUACCUGGCAAUUUUUGUCCAUAGAACUUAUUCUAACCACAAUUCUUGUCAGGUUAGUAAGGCACUAGUUAAGCUUCACAAUUUGUAGACAGUAAUUUGUUCUACAUCUUUGUCUUAACAUUUAAGUCCUUGGUAUAAGAAAUUAAAUGUUAUGAAAUAAACCAUGGCCCUUAUUUACAUAUGAGUAGUUGCAAUUUCUCUUAGAAAUAAGCCAAAUAUGUAGGGGGAACAUAUUAAGGUACAAGGAAAAUUGACUGUUAACACUAUAUUUGAAAUAAGACAUUAUGUUGCCUUACCUAUUUGCUAAAAUAGCUCUUUCCAAGUGAAAGAAAAUGUAAAAAGGCUAAUAAUAUACCUAAAUCUAUGACUUAUAGAUUGUAAGCCUGAUGGCAGGGACACUAUAUUAAUAUUUUAAUGUCUUAUCUAGCAGUAUCUCCUUGGUGCUUAAUAAAUAUUUAAAAUAAUUAACAA